AAACAAAAUCUUGGCGGCUCUAGAAGUUUCGUAGGUGGUGCCGUGAUGGCGGCGGGACCGGGCUCGGCGCGACUGACGGAGGACGAAAUCGAGGGGAAUCCUGCGGCAGCAGCGCAGAAGCUGACAGUAGCCAUAGAACAGAAGCCAGAUUCUGCGGAGUAUUACUGUCAACGAGCUUAUGCUCACAUUCUUCUACAAAAUUACCAUGAUGCCAUUGCAGAUGCAAAGAGGACACUAGCACUUGACCCCAGUAAUGCUAUAGCCUUGCUCAGACAAGGGAUAGGUGAAUAUCAUAUGAAAAACUAUGCGUCUUCACUGAAGACUUUCAAAGAGGGACAAAAACUGGAUAGUAGUAACACAGCUCUUACGAUUUGGAUUAAAAGAUGUGAAGAAGCCAUCAACGCUGCAUCACAAACUGAAGUGUCACGGCCAUCUAAGAUCAAGUAUGACUGGUACCAAACAGAAUCUCAUGUAAUUGUAACUAUUAUGAUCAAGAAUGCGAAGAAGGAUGAAGUAAACAUACAAUUCUCAGAAAACGAGCUAAAUGCAUUGGUGAAACUUUCCUCAGAAGAAGACUACAACUUAAAGCUUCAUCUUCUUCAUUCCAUAGUUCCAGAACAAAGUGUAUUCAAAGUUCUUUCAACCAAGAUUGAGUUGAAAAUGAAGAAACCAGAAGCUGUACGUUGGGAGAAACUGGAAGGAAAUGAAGAUUCUCCUAAUCUAAAACAAUUUACACCAGUUUCAGAUUCCAUGCUUCUCUAUCCAUCGUCUUCUCAUUAUACAAGGAAUUGGGACAAAUUAGUGGGAGAGAUCAAAGAAGAAGAGAAGAAUGAAAAGUUGGAGGGUGAUGCAGCUUUAAACAAACUUUUCCAGCAGAUCUACUCAGAUGGUACCGAUGAAGUGAAACGUGCCAUGAACAAAUCUUUUAUGGAGUCUGGUGGGACAGUUUUGAGCACAAACUGGUCUGAUGUGGGUAAAAGGAAAGUAGAAGUCAAUCCUCCAGAUGACAUGGAAUGGAAAAAAUUCUAACUUACUCCUGGGCAAGAUACCUUCUGAGGGGCCGCCACACUCCUGGACAUUCCCCUAUGCUCACCCUUCCUGUGAUCUCCUCUCCCGUUUUCUCUUUCUCUUGCUCCCUGCCCCCUCCCCACCUGCACACUGUUGCUCCUUCUACUUCCACGCCACCACUCACUUUACUUAUUCCAGUGCUUACUCUCUUCCCUUCCCAUUUACCAUGCAGCAGCACCUUUCUCUCAUCUCUCUCUCGGUCUCUCUCAGUUUUAGAAGAGCUCAGGUGCACUGUAGAAUGAAGCUGCAGUUGCCCUCAGCAUGUUGCUUUUCCCAGCAUACUUUUAGGCCCAUGUGGCCAUCUGGAGAAAAGAAGAUCAGAGGUGCAACUACAGCUUCCUCUUCCAAAAGUGAAAUAAAUAAAUGAAAAUAGAUAAAAGGUGCUGCUGGAGAAAGUAAGCAGGGGCAGGGAAUGUAAGUGGUGAUGGGGGAGGCGGGGGAAUAGAGCAGCAUGCCAAUAUGCAUAGAGCACCAGCAGUGGGGAAGGGGGGGGUACAGGAUUGCAUUUGGGGGCCCCAAGGGCUGUGGGGGCCAGACCUCCACUUGGAGUUCCAGCCGUAGACGCGCCACUCAUGUGCCACUCUGUGCUACCCAUAUUUAUGUAUUUGCCAUUGUGUGUGGACACGGGCAUCCUUGAAAUUAAAGCACUGAAUGUUCAUUUUGAAGAUAAUUCCUGUCUUCUUCAUAUCUUGACAUGCUUUAGGAUGACCUUUGCUCUGCAGGUUUUAGAGGUGUAAUCAGGAUUUGAGGCCUCUUAUCAUUACUCUCCAUGAAGGGGUUCUUUGGAGAUCAUCUGAACCUGGUCAUAACUCUCGUUUUCUGCUGGCUUGCUUGGUUAUGUAUUUGGAGAGUUAGCAAGGCCUUCAAGUGGACUACUUAGGAUUAUUGCCUUAUUAAUGUACACAAUUCCUUUAAAUAAUUUAUUCGCUCUGGUGACUGGGGUAAAUACACUUUUCAGCUACAGUGUUAAUAUUGUUUGCUGUUUAAUUCUGCAUUCAAAUAAAAGUGUAAAUAUAUAACUUUUCCAUAAA